AUGGACGAAGCCAACGGUGACCUAUAUCUAAUCCGAAAAAUUCGCGAUCUGGCCGGACAGCAGAUAUCCGUGCUCUACUGGGAGAUUGACGGCAGAGUUUUCGGGAAGGAGGAGAAGCAGAUCACCUUCGACAUAGGGCACAGUGGCGCCGCUGUGCCUUAUUUAAGUGAAGAAGUUCUCCACGUCAAUGUGUCCGAGACCGCUGUGAUUGGAACUGUCAUCGUCACAGUGAAUGUUACAAGUUCCGAUCCAUCUACUCCACCGUUGUACAGCUUCUUGGAGCCGAGCAAUCGAUUUUUCAUCGAUCAAUACUCGGGCGAUGUGGCUAUUGUUGAGAAUUUGCAUUGGAAGGAGUCUCCUUACCAUCUUGUCGCUGUGGCGUCGACCGCCGGCGCCAAGGCAAAUGUUCUGCUUGUUGUGCACGUCGAAGAUGUAAACAACCACCAUCCGGUAAUCCUCAGUACCAGCGAAGUGAUGGUGUUCGGUACAGGAACUAACCGAGUUAUCCACCAUGUCGUCGCCGUCGACGAGGACUACGGUAGUCACGCAACCAUCACCUUCGAAAUCAUCUCCGAUCCGUCGAACUGUUUUGACAUCGACCAUAAGACCGGAGCGUUGUUGAUGCUUCGCCAUCCUUCGUCAACGAAUUCGUCAGUCGUCGUUAGAGCAUCAGAUGGUGGAUCGCCAGCACUUUUCGUGGAUCAGGCAAUUACGAUACGGAUAUACGAUGGCACAAAGAACUGGAGGUAUUUUUCUGAAGAUGAACUGGACGUGGAGAUUACAGACACGACACCUGUCGGUACAGUCAUUAAGGCGUUGAAUUUAGAUGGAAGAGCUGCCAUUCGUCUUUUUCCCAGCACGUCCAUUUUCGAAAUUGAUGAAUCUGGAAAAAUCACUUUGCUUGGCACGUUGAUUCCAGGAAAUUAUGUCUUGCAUGUCCUGGCGAAAUCCCCUGACGGCGACGUCGACGCGCUGUUAUUGGCAGUCCAUGUCUCGGCUUCCACGACAACCGCACCGCGGAUCAGCUCCGCGUCCUGCGGAUCGAUUACCGUACCUGAGAAUCGUGUGCUGAAUGAUUUCAAACAAAUUGUGCCAUUAAAUGCAUCUAAAAAUUCUAGGUUCAGAAUUAAAGGGUCCAGCAAAUUUUUCGACAUUGAUCCGCUGACGGGAAAAUUGUCGUCUAUUCCAUUGGAUCGAGAACAUCAUUCAGAUCAUUUGUUGGCCAUCGAAAUAUUUGAAGGACAGAUGUCGGAUUCUUGUUCUGUGCAGAUUACGGUGUCGGACGUUAACGACAACAGCCCACAAUUUUCACCGUCAACUCCACAGGUGAUCAACAUCAAUGACACCGUGGAAGUUCGUGAUCUCAUCUACAGAUUCAUUGCCUUCGACAAUGACAUCGGCGGUGGUGGAUCAGUGCUGUUCGAGCUCGUCGAAGACCCUAGCAAUGCGUUCGAUCUCAAUCCGGAAUCCGGCGAACUGCUCUUUAUGAGAGAGCCUCUGGGUAUUGGAAAGGACUGGAUGAUUCGUGUGAAGGCGUACGACAAAGGACGUCCGUCUCUCGGCACGGAUCGACUACUCACAAUCCAGAAUUCCCGUUCUGAAACGGAAAGGCUGGAGAUGGCACCAAGUUUCUUGAGGCAAAAAUAUGUGGCGAUGAUCGAUGAAGGCCUAACACCUGGGCAAAUAGUGUCGAAAGUAGCGACGUUAUCAAGGGAUUCUCGAAUCACCUACAGCAUUGUCGAAGGGAACACGGACAACGCCUUUGAGAUUGACGACGAUGGUGUGGUGCGAACUCUGCAAGAAUUGGACUACGAGAUUAAGGAGAGCUACGACUUGGAGAUCAUCGCUACUGGAGCGUUCCACCGUCAGAUCAGGACCAGGUUACUCAUUGACGUUCACAAUGUUAACGAUAAUCCACCGGUUUUUCGACCCCUUAACAAGAAAAAGAUCUUAGAAACCGUUCCGAUUGGCUCAUACGUCACUACCGUAGUCGCCAACGAUGCUGACAACCUCGCUACUUUGGAGUACAGCCUCGAUCCGAACGAAGAGCGAUUCGUUAUCGAUCGAUUCACCGGAGUAAUACAUCUGCUUACGAAUUUGGACUACGAGACGGUGGAAGAGAUUAAUGUAAAUGUGCUGGUAACCGAUGGCAAUUUUACCGCCAAGACAUCAUUCGUAGUGGUGGUCAUGGACGUCAACGAUAAUGCUCCUGAAUUUCAGCAGCACUUUGUUGACAUUAAGAUUUCUCAGCCAACCAAGGCUGGUAAUGUGGUCGUGAAGUUGAUCGCUUUCGAUCGUGAUUCUGGUGAGAACGGUCGGGUCUCGUAUUCGUUGGCUGAUACUUACGGAACGUUCCAUCUCGACAGCAAUGACGGAACGCUGACCUUGACCACUCCCGUCACAAGCGGAGUUGAGUUCCUGCUGACUGUGAUUGCGAGCGAUCACGGUUUUCCUCUGAUGUCUUCGACAAUUCCUGUUCGUGUUUUAGUCACUAAGGAUGAUGAAUUACAACGUCGGCCUGUAUUUCCUUAUUCGUCCUACGAGUUCGUGGUAUCGGAAUCCAUAGUGAAAAACGUUGUGUUCGGCAAUGUGUCGGUCAGCCGUGUACCGUAUAUCUACCGUGUCAUGGAUCCGAUUGUGUCGGAGGUCUUCCACAUCGAUCAGUUGGGACGUCUAACGGUAAAAACCGCACUUGACAGAGAAGCGCACGAGUUCUACAGCUUCGCUGUGAGUUAUACACAAAUGUUGUGA